ACAAGAUCUAUCCUCGUAAUUCAAUCUUUUUCCCAGUAUCCAUCCUGCUACGCUCCUCAAACCCAAAAUAAUGGCAUCCUUAAUCAACCAAGCUGCAUGGCAACCCAAGGCCCGAACAAGAACCCUCCAGGUCGGCCCGGGACCAACUCCUAGCCCUAACGAGCAUGAGGUUGUUAUCAAAGUAGCCUAUGCGGCGGUCAAUCCGACCGAUUGGAAGAUGCAAGACACCCCGUACUUCGAGCUCGAAUAUCCAUUCAUCUGGGGCACCGAUGUUGCAGGAACCAUUGUGCAGCUUGGCUCCGAGGUCAGACAAUUCAAAGUCGGGCAGAGAGUAAUUGGGCAUUGUGACUCAUUACUCACACGAAAAGUCACAAACGCGGGCUUUCAGCUCUAUACCACUGUCCGCGAGAUUCUCGUCGCCGAAAUCCCGGACUCCCUGCCGCUAGCCAAUGCGGCCGUGCUGCCUCUGUCAGUGUCCACCGCCGCCAGUGCUCUCUACGUGCAGCUGGACCUUCCCUUCCCUUCACUGAGUCCCAAGAGCACGGGCAAGCGCAUUGUUAUCUGGGGUGGCAGUUCGUCGGUUGGAAGCUCGGCUAUUCAACUGGCGGUCGCAUCGGGACUCGAAGUAGUGGCGACUGCUAGUGAGGCCAACCACGAUCUUGUCCGGAGUCUCGGCGCCUCGCAGGUCUUCGAUCACCGAAACCCCAACGUGAUUGACCAAAUCGCGAGUAUCUUGCAACCAGGUGACUAUGUGGUAGACUGCAUCGGAAGUCCAGACACCCAGGCGAAAUGUGGUGAGCUCUUGGGUAGGACAGGCGGAGGAACGCUCCCGGUGAUGUUAUGGCCGCAGGCUGAGCUGCCGCAGAACGUUAGGGCAGUCUUUGUGAACGGUCUGGAUCCGGGAAUGGUGAAUCUGGACGUGGGCAAUGCAGUGUGGCGGAUUUUCAUUCCUGAAGCCUUGGCAGUGGGAAAGUUCCAGGCAAAGCCGGAUCCUCGUAUUGUGCCUGGUGGGCUGGAGAAAGUUCAAGAAGGAAUCGAUAUUUUGCGCCAUGGGGUGUCGGCUCAGAAGGUCGUGAUCGAGAUCUCCCGGAGCGAAUAGACCUGCCAUGCCGUUAUGACGUUUAUAUUGCCCAGAGUAAAUCCUGAGUAUUUUGAUACUACUGAGAAGUCAAAAGAAGCAGCGCAUGCAACCCUUAACAGUAACAGCUAGCUAGACAUGCGUAGCAGACUGAAGCAUAAGAAACAGGUUCCAGUCAAUGCGGCGAUACACAGCCGUUCCGGUUCCGGCGGCACGGGCGCUCUCCAACUCCGAGAAUCAGACGGGUGGAAAGUAAUCCGGCGGCCCGAGCCGGC